AGCCACGGUGGAACAGAUAUGGCGGACGUGGACGGGAAGUCUCGCGUCGCCAUCGUCGGGGGUGGUCUGGUCGGAGCGUUGGCCGCGUGUUUCUUCGCUAAGAGAGAUUGUCGAGUAACCGUCUACGAGUAUCGCUCAGAUCGAGUCGCGAACAAAUUUUCAGACAUACGGUCGGAAGACUCGCCCGGUCAGAGUAUCAAUCUGGCGCUGUCGCAUCGCGGCCGGGAGGCUUUGAGAGCGAUCGGUCUCGAGGACGAUCUGCUGAAACGUUACAGCACCCGUAUGCGCGGCAGAAUGAUUCACGACAAACGCGGCAAUCUGAAAGAAAUUCUCUACGACAAUGUGCGAGGAAAUUGCAUCUAUUCCGUCAGCAGACGACAUCUCAACAUGGUGUUGCUGAACGCCGCGGAGGAAUAUCCGAAGGUGCGACUCUGUUUCAAUAAAAAACUCGUGGACGCCGAUUUGGAAAAGGGAACGAUGACGUUCUUGAACACAAAAACGGGAGCGGUGGAAGACGCGGAAGCUGAUCUGAUAAUCGGCGCCGACGGCGCGUACUCGAAGAUGCGAAAAAUCAUGGGCAAAUCACCGAUCUUCGAUUGCUCGCAGGCGAACGUCGAACUCGGAUACGUGGAACUUUCCGUGCCGUCUGGCGCAAAUAACGAGUUUCUAAUGAGCGGUAACAAUCUUCAUAUCUGGCCGCGCGGUGAAUUUAUGAUGACGUCGCUGCCAAACAAGGACCGCACGUUCACCAGUAACUUGUUCGCGCCGCUUUACGUGCUCGAUAAACUGAAGACGCCCGAGGCGGUGCUGAAUUUCUACACCGAACAAUUUCCGGAUCUGUUGCAACUAAUAGGCACGCAGAAUCUGUUGAAACAGUUUUCCGAACAAACGCCGAGAACGUUGAUAUCGAUCAAGUGCAAACCUUAUCACGUUGGAAAAACUGCUGUUAUCGUUGGCGAUGCCGCCCACGCAAUGGUUCCUUUUUACGCUCAAGGGAUGAAUACCGGUUUCGAGGAUAUUUUGUUGCUCGAUGAACUGAUGGAAAGCUACGAUUCGGACUUCGCAAAGGUGUUGCCGAAAUUUUCGGAAUUACGAUGCGACGACGGCCACGCGAUAUGCGACCUCGCAAUGUACAAUUAUUUGGAGAUGAGGGAUUUAGUGACGAGAAAAUCGUUUCGUCUUCGAAAAUCGUUGGACAAUGUUUUGUACACGUUACUGCCGAAUUACUGGAUACCGCUUUAUAGCAGCGUGCAGUUUACACGGAUGAGGUUUCGCGACUGCAUAGCCAACAAAGAGUGGCAAGACAAGGUGGGAUACCAUAAAAAAAAAAAACACAAUGGAAAACUACAGGUUGUUGCAAAAAUGAUUUGAUUACAGGUAAUACAAACGAGUCUCCGGUGUCUUGGAGUCGCGAUCUUUGGCAUUUUAUUUAUGUUUUUUCUACAAAGUAUCGCAUGAAGUUGUGAGCGCGAUUUAUUCUCGCCGAUUCUUUACGAUAACAAAAAUAAACGUACAGGUAAAACACACUUUAAAUAUUAUUAAUAAAUUUUAAAACGCAAUUUACA